AAAAUGAAAUCGGAUAGCGAGUUGAUUGAGAUUCAGAACGUUUUUAGCUUGACUUGGAAUGUUCUAGAAACUGCUAAAAACAAAGCCUGACAAAAUCGGGAAAGAUAUCGUAAGAGAGAAGAGAGAGAAAUAUAUAAGCGAUUUAUUGAGCUGCUCUUCCAAAACUUAGUAGGACAGAUAAGUGUAAAUAUUCAAAGCAAUCCUCUCAAAAUGUCACAGGAAACAAAUCUGUUGCAUUGUUAUCAUCGCGGCUGUGGAAAGAAAUACGAUCCGAACGACAAUAAAGACGACAGUUGCCUUCAUCAUCCAGGACAUCCAGUGUUUCACGACGCAUACAAAGGAUGGUCUUGUUGCAACAAGAAGUGUACGGACUUCACUGAAUUCUUGAAUAUCAAGGGCUGCACGAAGUCGAAGCAUUCCAAUGUGAAACCAUUGGAGCCAGAGAAACCACCGAUAGAGAAAUGCAAAGUUGACGAAAUAAUACAGGUUGUCACAGGACCUCUAAGCAAUGGAGCAUCCCUGGAAAGACCUCUGUUUGACGCAUCUCAACUCGUACUGUCGCCGACAAUAUCUCCCACUCUACUAGAACAAAUUAAAGGAUUGACAACUUUAGAAAAUGACAAACCAACUGACAGUGUAGUACAGAUAGGACAAACUUGUAAAAACAAUUCCUGCAAGGGAACUUAUACAGGGAUUGCCUCUGAUGAAGAGAUUUGCAAUUAUCAUUCUGGUGUACCUAUUUUUCAUGAAGGACUGAAAUACUGGUCUUGCUGUAAAAAGAAAACUAUGGAAUUUUCCUUGUUUCUGGAUCAGCCAGGUUGUACGCAAGGCAAACAUAUAUGGUUUUCGAAGAGUACAGGAAAGAAAGCUCAAUGCAGGAUGGACUGGCAUCAAACUGGAUCAUAUGUAGUCAUUUCUAUAUUUGCAAAAAAAUAUCUGCCCAGUCAGUCUAUCAUAAAAUUAAAUCCUAUCCAUCUGACUGUAGAUUUAUUCUUUGUAGAAGAAGAUUCAAGAUAUUAUCUUGAUAUAGAAUUGAAAGGAAUUGUUAAUGUCGAGCAAAGUAGUGUACACAUGCUGCCAACUAAAGUAGAAAUUAAAUUAAAAAAGGCCGAACCUGGUUCCUGGCCGAAGUUGGAUGUUCCCAGAGAAGCAAAGCCAAGAAACUCUGAAAAUAAUGAAAAUAUUACAAAUCUUAAUUCGCAAAUUGAAGCUGUGGAUCUUAGUAAUCUUUAAAUACUGAGAAUUUUUAAUAG